AAGUUGACUUUGAACAAAAUUUUGACAAAAAUCCACAAAAAAUAUUAAAUAAAAGAUGAAAAGCAAGUCAGCAAGACCUCCCGUUCAAUUUAUGGACAUCGACAACAACUGGAGAGAGGAUUAUGAGAAGAACAUUGGACGACUUUCAGGCAAAUUAGUUACAAAAGACCUCGAAUUCUAUCGGAAAUGUUAUUACAACGACUUGACUUUAAACAUCGGAGACUUUGUUUUAAUCUACGACGUUGACUCCGAAUAUUCGAUGGAUGUUGCGAAAAUCAUUUACAUGUACGAAGACAAAGACCCGGGACCGAUGGAUCCUUGCCGAGCCCUCGUCAAAUGGUACACACAUCCAGAAUCUCUCAAAAAAUACCUGAAAAAUGACAAGACUGAGUUUCAUGCCACACAAGAAGUGAUCGAAAAUGAUUUAUUUGACAACGACAUCUCCAUCGAGACAAUUGUGCAAACUUGCAGUCUCAAAAUUAUCAAAGUGAAUGACGAAAGUAUCGAAAAAAUGACUUCCAAAUCGAAGCGUAACUAUUUUUGUCGCUACAAACUCGUUCGAAUCCCGGGAAAACGUCAAUAUAUGCUCGAACCGAUGAUUGGAUCGCCAAAAAUUUCGUUGCAAGAGAAAACUCCCUCAAAACGGAAGACUUUACUGCCUCAAGAUACUGUCAUGGCAAGUCCCAAGCUCAUUAUUCGUCGCUUAUCGACUGAUAUGACGCCAAAUAAACGAAAAACUUCGCUCUGGACUUGCGAACAAAAAUUAUCGCCAAUUCGUGACACCGAUGAAAUCCCGGAUUUGCCAAAAUCGACACGAAAAACGCGUCAAUCUGUCGAUCGAGAGAUGAAAACGCCUUCAAAACACUCGCAAAUGAAGGAAAUUGAGACGCCAACGUCGCGUCGUAAAAGUAUCCUCAAGACCCCGAAUGCCAAAGGAGAAGGAACACCUCGAAAACGCGUUUCCAUGAGUGCUCGUCUCGAAACGCAAUACGAAAUUCAGGAUGAAGAGAACAUCACACCGCCCAAACAGCGAAAAAUCGAAGGAGGAACUCCUCGUGGAAGACCUCGUUCGACACAAAAAUCAUCUCCGACCUCAACUUUGAAGGGAACUCCUCGUAGGAAAAUCUUUAUUACGCGAUUUCCAAAUAGGUCAACGAGCGACUCCGUAAAAACUGAUGGGCAAGCACUUCAACUCGCACGCGAACGUUUACAUGUGGCUGCCGUACCAAAAACUUUGCCAUGUCGCAAUAAAGAAUUUGAAAAUAUUUACGCUUUUCUCGAGGGAAAACUCUUGGAUAACUGCGGCGGAUGCAUGUACGUGUCGGGCGUUCCGGGCACCGGCAAGACAGCAACGACAACUGAAGUAAUUCGUACCUUAAAAGCCGCCGCCGAGCAAGAUGACGUCCCGGAAUUCGAUUUUAUUGAAAUAAACGGGAUGCGAUUGACGGAACCGCGACAAGCUUAUGUCCAUAUUUAUCGUCAGUUCAGUGGGAAAACUGUUUCUGCCGAAUAUGCUUAUAAUUUGCUCGAUAAACGUUUCACAACUCCCUCGCCUAAACGUAAAAUGACAAUUUUGCUCGUUGAUGAGUUGGAUAUUCUCUGUAAUCGUCGUCAGGACGUCGUUUACAACAUUUUAAACUGGCCGACGCUUCCAACAGCUAAACUCGUCGUUGUUACAAUCGCUAAUACGAUGGAUUUGCCCGAAAGACUUCUCAUGGGAAAAAUCACGUCACGCUUGGGACUCACUCGUCUCACCUUCCAACCUUACAAUUUCCAACAACUUCAAGAAAUUAUCACAGCUCGCGUUUCCGGCACCGAUACCUUCAACAAAGACGCCAUUCAACUUGUCGCGAGAAAAGUUGCCGCAGUUUCGGGUGAUGCGAGACGUGCUCUUGAUAUUUGUCGUCGUGCUACGGAAAUCGCUGAAUCUGGGCAGAAAACGAAAGGAGAAAUUCACGUAGUUUCCAUUGCGGAUGUGCAAAAAGCUCUUACCGAAAUGAUUGCAAGUGCGAAAAUGCAAGCGAUCAAGUCCUGUUCGAAGUACGAGCAAAUGUGGUUGCAGGCGGUUUGUGCGGAAGUUGCCAGAACGGGAGUUGAGGAAUGUACGUUUAUUGGAGUUUAUCAUCAAUUUGAGAGUAUUGCAGCGUUUAAUGGGGUGAAAAUACCGAAUCCGGGACAAGCUCUUGGAUUGUGUGCGAAAUUGGGAGCAAUUCGAUUGUUGAUAACGGAACACAGUCGAACGGAUUUGUACAUGAAAAUUUUGUUGAAUAUAAGUAGUGAUGACGUUCAUUAUGCGUUGCAGCCGAGUAAUUGAUCUCUGUUACGUUAAGUUUUUUUUUCGUACAAAUAAACGUUAUUAUUGAAUUUAAAAUGUGAAAACAAGUUUAAAAAAAAUUAUGAAA